GGUCGGUGGCGGUGUUGUGGCGAGCGAUGGUGGGGGUGGAGGCGGCAUGGCCGGCUUUUGGAGGCAGAGCAGACCCUCCAGUCCCCGCAUGCCGCCUCCGGAGCAGCCGGAGCUAACCAGGCCUAAGAGCCGACACGAGCCGGCUCCCGCUAGAUACAACAACCUCGGUUAUUGGAGAGCCAGGAGAGUCACGUUCUAUAAAAAUGGCGACCCAUAUUUUCCUGGUAUCGAGUUCAGGUUCAAACCGGGAAGGGACAUCGGCUCCUUGGAGGCGUUGCUGGACAGGCUGUCCCUGCGGAUGGAUCUCCCGAGAGGGGCGCGACACAUCUUCUCCAUGGACGGUGACAGGAAGCUCACCCUGGACGAGCUCGAGGACGGCGCCUCGUACGUCGUAUCCAGCUACAAAACGUUCAAGCCGGCCAGCUACGGGAAGAAGAGCAACACCUGGUACACGAGCCCGACAGGCGGAGGAGGUAGCAGAGGCGGGGGAGCGGGUGGAUGGCAGAGCAGGCCGCCGGCAGUGGCAAGCCUCGGCAGGAAGGCUUCCAUCACCGACGAGGCACCACCUCCUGGCGGUGGAAAACCUUCCUCGGGACGCGUCAUACGAAUCGUUAACAACCACGACCAUACCGUGCAGUGUCGAGUUUUGUUGAACCUUCGCACCUCGCAACCAUUCGAGGAGGUGUUGGAAGACCUUGGACAAGUGUUGAAGAUGAACGGGGCCAAGAGGAUGUUCACGGUUUCAGGUCAAGAGGUAAGAAGUUUCUCCCAGUUGAGGAACGAAUUCGCCGACGUGGACACAUUUUAUCUGGGUACCGGGUCGGGGAUGAGCAUGGUGGGCGGCGUGUCAGCGUCCCCGGCGAGGAGGUCGAGAUCGCGAGGACCGUCUACAGUGGUCGAGGACAUCGGUCGCCAAAGGCGCGCCCGUAGCAAAAGCAGGCCCCGCGCUUUGUACGCCCCUGACUCAGACGUCGUCCGAGUAAACGAUUACAGCGUGGUGGAGGUGUUGAGGGACGAGCCAGCAAGAGUGACCAUUCGAGGGUUGAGAAGAUCGUUCUAUCCCCCCUCCCACCUGCCGCCCGUAGACAAUUCUCCCCCCGAUAAGAAGCUGCAACUCGAGUGGGUUUACGGUUAUCGGGGCACCGAUACCCGGCGAAACCUCUGGGUAUUGCCUAGCGGUGAAUUGUUGUACUACGUCGCUGCCGUGGCUGUUCUCUUCGACCGAGAGGAAAAUGCACAACGGCACUAUGUCGGCCAUACGGAGGAUAUCACAUGCAUGGAGGUUCAUCCGAGCAGAGAACUCGUUGCGUCUGGGCAAAAAGCCGGGAGGCACAGAAAAGCGCAACCUCACGUCCGCAUAUGGUCAACAGAGACUUUGCUCACGCUGUACGUGUUCGGAAUGACCGAGUUCCAGAUGGGCGUCUCCGCUUUAGCGUUCUCGCAGCUGAACGGGGGUAGUUACGUGUUAGCGGUCGACGCUGGUAGAGAGGCGAUACUCUCCGUGUGGCAAUGGCAGUGGGGCCAUUUGUUGGGUAAAGUGGCGACGAUGCAGGAGGAUUUGACGGGGGCAGCUUUCCAUCCCCUCGACGACAACCUUCUGAUCACUCACGGUCGGGGCCACUUGACGUUUUGGAACAGGCGUAAAGACGGUUUCUUCGAGAGGACGGAUAUCAUCAAACCUCCGUCCCGCACGCACGUGACCAGCAUCCAAUUUGAACAGGACGGGGAUGUUGUGACAGCGGACAGCGACGGUUUCAUCACCGUCUACUCGGUGGACGCUGAUGGCGCUUACUUCGUCCGUAUGGAAUUCGAGGCGCACAACAAAGGUAUCAGCUCCCUCGUCAUGCUGUCGGAGGGGACGUUGCUCUCCGGCGGUGAGAAGGACCGGAAGAUCGCCGCCUGGGAUUCCCUGCAGAAUUACAAACGUAUCACGGAUACGAAAUUGCCGGAGGCGGUUGGGGGUGUGCGCAGCAUCUAUCCCCAGAGGCCUGGGAGGAACGAUGGGAAUAUUUACGUGGGCACGACAAGAAACAAUAUUUUGGAAGGAUCCCUUCAGAGAAGGUUCAACCAGGUCGUGUUCGGGCAUGGGAGACAGUUGUGGGGCCUCGCUGUUCACCCUGACGACGAGGUGUUCGCCACCGCCGGCCACGACAAGAAUAUCGCUCUUUGGCGCAGGCACAAACUCCUCUGGACGACUCAGGUCGGUUUCGAGUGUAUUUGCAUAGCUUUCCAUCCUUUCGGGGUCGCUCUUGCUGCCGGCUCUUCGGAAGGUCAUCUUUUGGUGCUUGCCGCUGAUACAGGGGCGGCUGUGGCAACCCUCAGGGUCUGCGGCUCGCCCUUGUCGUGCAUUGGCUACAAUCCAACGGGUGAAAUCGUUGCGAUGGGCUCUCAGAACGGUAGCGUGUAUCUGUUCAGAGUGUCCAGAGACGGAUUCUCGUACAAGAAGAGCAACAAAAUCCGCGGGACGCAACCGUUGGUCCAGCUCGACUGGAGCUCCGACAGCAGAUUCCUUCAAACGGUUACCCAGGACUACGAUUUAGUAUUUUGGGACGUGAAAGCGUUGUCAUCCGAAAAGAGUCCGUUGGUGAUGAAGGACGUGAAAUGGUAUACCCACAAUUGCAUGGUUGGAUACAUGGUGUCCGGAAUGUGGAAUAAUCGUUAUUACCCGUUAACGACCGUUUUAACGACGUCGAGUCGAUCGGCGGCGCACGACAUGUUGGUGAGCGGCGACGCGGAAGGCUACCUGAGGCUUUUCAGGUAUCCGUGCACCAGUGCUAAGGCCGAGUAUAUCGAGGAAAAGGUGUACAGCUCUCUGGUGGCUUGUGCCAGAUUUCUUUACAACGAUCAGAACGUGGUGACCGUCGGUGGGACCGACGCAGCUCUCAUGCUCUGGGAGCUGGUCGACGAAUAGAAGAAGAAGAAGAAGAAGAAGAAAAAAAAGAAGAAGAGAAGAUCUCCUACCUCUUGUCGUAGAUAUUUCCCUUUGUGGCCCUCUGUCUACUAUUUACAGCGGUUUAGACUGUGUCGUUCGUUUGUUGAAGGAUUGGUGGCGAUCCGUCGUCGAACCUUUUUCCUUUUCACGAUACGAGGAAAAAGAAAAAAAAACACGAUAAAUCGUGUAUCUUAUUCUCAUUAAUGUGCUGGAUUAAUAACACGAGUCCAAUAAUUCGUUCGAAAAUGAAUGUCUGUACUACUAUUGCUAGAUACUUUUUAGCAAUUUUUACGAACGGUUCUUGUCCGACAUCCCUUUCGAUCGACUUCGAUAUAUAUAUAUCGAAUAUAUAUAUAUCGAGAUCUUAUUGUAACGUUCGCCGCCCGACCACGUUUUUAUCAUCAUUCAAAAUCCAAUUGGAAGGCGCGCGAGAUCGAUCGAUAAGGUUGUCCGUUCGAUGAAUUGUUUGUUAGCAAUAUUUGUUCGUUGAUGGAAUUCUUCCUGGAAAACAAGGAAACAUUUUUAAACGUGAACACUACAGUUUUAUACAACGGCAAUACAACUCUCUUUUCCCUGUUGAAAGUACUAUUACCAAUUUGUUAUUAUAACGGAGGAUAAACACUGUUUAUCACAUUUUUACCAACAGAGAGAGAAGGGAAUAUAGGAUCUAUGUAUAUAAAGUAUCUGUUGCAGUUGCACUUUCACUUUUUGAACAAUCUUUGUAAACAACCUCAUAUCAUAGCAUAAAAUUUCCAAAAACAAAAAAAGAAAAAAAAAAAGAAACAUAAUCCUCUUCUGAAUGAAUAACAAUACGUUUAUUCAAAUUUCUAUUAAUUUUUCGAUCAGAAUCCCUCACGGGAUACAUCUAGAAAAAAAAGAUCCAUUCUCCCUUCCUCUCCAAUUGUUUUGUCAUUGUCGUGCUAUACGACUUCUUGUAUACAUUUGAUAACAACGACGAACAAUAACGUUAUCACGCUACGACGAUAAUGCAGUACAUUAUUAAAAGCGUAAUGAAAACAGUACGAGUAGUAGCGCGAGUGUUAUAUAUCAAUUAUAUCCAGAGUAGGGAAAGUAAAAGAAAAAUGAAACGAAAAAAAAAAAAAAAAAAAAAAAAGAAAAAGAGAAAAAAAAAGAAACGAUAUACGCACGUUCAGGAGCGUGCAAUUCCCGGGGCGCUGGCGCCCCUUUGUAGAUUUUAAGCGACAAAAAAUAGUUUUAAAACGAGAAAGAAUGGCGAGAUAAUGAGUGGAGAUAAAUAUUAUAUAAAAAAAAAAGAAAGAAAAAAAAAAACACACGCACCCUUUUGUGAAUUUGAAUGAACGGUCAAUUUAUUUUCUUCGUUUCGAAGAGAUUUUUUUUUCUCAGAGAAAAAUGCUGUGUUGCGGGUCAACGCGCUUCUCCGUCAAUUCUCCCCUUUCUUUUCUCUUCCCUUUUUUUCGUUCACAUUUACUAGAGAUAAUAAAUUGAUGAGAUAUAUGAAAAUAUGCAGAGUUUAAACGAUACGAUAUAUAUAUAUACAUACAUAUACAUAUAUAUAUAUAUAUAUAUACAUACAUACAUGUAUAGGUAUAUAUAUAUGUAUACGUAUAGCGGUAGAUACAAACGAUAUGCACACGAGAAUCUUUCUCUCUCUCGUGUUGGCAAGCUAUGCUCGGGAUCGUCACUGCCAUGGCAUCGAGAUCGAAAUUUUUUCACAGCCUGCAACGCUUCAAGAUAUACUGAUUUUUCUCUGCGUGUGAGCUCUCGCGGGCGAUCAACUAACUAUUUCCGAGAGGUUAGUGAUCUCCGUCUCUUAAAACCGUUCCUCUUAAAAACGGUUCGUAAAUCUCUGUCAACCGAUUGAAAUUUACUUUUUAUUCCGUUUAAUUCUAUAAUUCCAUUUGAUUCAUACGUUAGAUUAGAUCCUUAAGGGAAUUAAAAGUGUAUAAUACUUUUGAAAAAAAAUCUUGAAUUACCUGCGAGUUCAAAUGAAUUUGUGUCAUGUGUUGUUUGUUGUAUUAUGAAAUUAUGGUGAAAAAAAAAAAAAAAAGAAAAGAGAAAAAAGAAAAAAAAAAGAAAAAAGAAAAAAAAAGAAAGAAAAAAAAAAAUACGUUUCAAUCGCAGGCAGAACUGUAUUUUUGCCCUUUCGAUGCAUCCUGAAACAAAAACGAAAAAAAGGAUUCAAACGAUCCCUCGAAUCUUUAGCGUAAAAUCAUAAUCUAACAGUGUAGAAAAAGCUAUCUUAUUACAAUAAAAUUCUGCACAAAUUAGAUACGAAA